UUGAUUUAUUGGGGCGGCGACCGAGAAAGAGAAGCAUUAUGAACUGCAUUCCCUGUUCCGUGCUCUGGCUGCUCCGUUUGCAGUACGCAGCAGUCAGCAAGUCCGGGUUGUCACAUGGUCUAUCAAGUCACCACGACCUCAAUCUCUUCCUGCAUGCACUCGAUUUUAGCAACCUAGAGGCCGCAUGUAUGAACAGGAGCUAAAUCUACUCUGGCGUUUGCUACCCAUUGGAAACAAAGCCUGAUCAUUGUCAGGUGCGUACCUCAGAUGAGCUUCCGGAUUCCUGUCCUGUGCUGUGACAUCCAGCGGACAAGUUGCACUCAAUGCAAGGGCUGAAGAUCUCAGGCUAAACAAAGGACUUGACGAACACGGACAGCGAUGGGAGGGGUAAAGAUUAUCAUCACAACGGCUCUAAUCGUUUUGACUUUGGGCUACAUUUUCUACUUACCCGUGCCUGCUGAUGUUGAUGACCCGCUAAAAGCCAGCAUCUUUCAACAGCAAGCUGAUUGGAGCAUUAAACUGGCACUGCUGUCAUGGAAGAUUGGCUUUGGUGACAUCAUUAACAACACUCGUUCAAUGCUUACUUUCAUGGUCACUUUUGGCAUCACAUCUUCUAGCAAUGAGGAAAUGGAGGUGAGAGAUGAAACAAUAGCUGGUGUCAGGGUCCGAAUCUAUCGACCUGUAGGAGUAAAAAGGUUUGCCCCAGCCUUAAUCUACUUCCAUGGUGGUGGAUGGAUAGCACUUUCUCCAGAGGUGUAUGACUCAUCCACAUAUGAGAUGGCAAGAAUGGGUAAAGUUGUUGUUAUAUCUGUGGAUUACCGCCUGGCUCCAGAAAAUCCUUAUCCAGCAGGUUUUGAAGAUUGUGUAGCUGUUACAGCAUACAUCUUACAGCAUGGCCACAAGAAUGGAAUUGACACAUCCAAGGUUGGAAUAGGUGGUGACAGUGCAGGAGGGAACCUGGCGGCAGCAGUGGCUCUGAAGUUCACCGAGGACACGAUGGUAGCUAAGAACCUACCUAAACUGCGCUUUCAGGUUCUUAUCUACCCAGUGGUUCAGAUGCACGAUUUCCAGUUGCCUUCUUCCGUGAGCAAUGACCUUGCAAUGCGAGGUGUGCUGCGACGAUGGUCGGCGCCAUUGUGCCUCGCGUGCUACAUGGGUUACGAUAUCGUAACCAGCUAUUCGUACCUGGCUCCACAAAUGUCAGACAACAGGCAUGUCUCGGACGGGAUAAAAGCUAAGUAUGGCCACCUGGUCGACCACGCGCUGCUGCCAGAAAAAUACCGCAACACCUCAGCAAAAGUCAGUUCCAGCGCGACCUUCAACGCAACGCUUUUCGGCAUGAUGGCGUCCUACAUGACUGACCCCUACUUCUCGCCCAUCACUGCUCCGACAGGCAUGCUUGCCAAAAGUCCUCCUGCUAUUAUCGUGUCGGUUGAGUACGAUGUUAUAAGGGACGAUGCAAUACUGUACAAGCAUCAUCUAGAAAAGGCCGGCGUUAGGGUUAAGCACUAUCAUUUGGAAAGGGGAUACCACCCCAUGAUGAUUUUAUCCCCUUUCUCAUUUCUGCGUCAUGGCUCGGCUGUAAAGACAUACGAGGCCAUGAUGUCGUUUGUCAAUGAAAUUCUUGCAGAAGAAUAUAAUUAGUACCAGUUUGUAACAAGGGCAUACCUUGAUUGAGUUAAAACUACUGUCAGAAAUAUUGACGCUAUACUUAAAACUU